CGUCGCCUAGCAACCACAGGCCCAAACAAGCGCCAGCAGCAUCUGAGGACAUGUUAGCAUUUUUAGCUAAUUCAACUUUCUACGGUGUAUAGCUUAGCAUUUUUUAUUUUUUAUUUUUUGGAUAUAUUAUAUAUUAUUUUCAGUUUGACGUGCUAAUGAAAUGGCAGGCAAGAAGAAAGAGGCUAGCCUACAGACAUCUGUCACCAACCAAGAACAGUGGGAGGAGAUGCUUGCAACCAAGGGGUUAACGGUUGUAGAUGUGUACCAACAGUGGUGUGGCCCCUGUCGAGCUGUGGUCAGUCUCCUACGAAAGAUAAAGAACGAACUGGGCGAUGACCUUCUGCAUUUCGCCACAGCCGAGGCAGACAGCAUUGAUGCUUUGGAGAGGUAUCGAGGGAAAUGUGAACCCACUUUCCUAUUCUAUGGGGGUGGCGAGCUGGUAGCUGUGCUGCGAGGGGCCAACGCUCCGAUGCUUCAGAGGAUGAUUGUGGAGGAGCUGGCAAAAGAAAAGCUGAUCCUGGAACAAGGUGGUGAACGGAAAGCGGUUAAAGAUGAAGGUCUAAUGGAUGAGGAGAACAAAGAAGAGGAGGAGACACCUCAGCUGUCAGAAAAUGAAGAAAGCAUCAUUGUUCCCGCCAGUAAAUCCUACACAGUUGCCAUCAUUAAACCAGAUGCUGUUGCUCACGGCAAGGCAAAUGAGAUCAUUAUGAAGAUGCAAGACGCUGGGUUUGAGAUCUUGGCCCAAGAGGAGCACACACUGACUGAGGCUGAGGCUCGAGAUUUUUACCAGCACAAAGCAGCAGAGGCUUACUUUGAAGACUUGGUGCAGUUUAUGUCCAGUGGUCCCUCCCAUAUUCUGGUCCUCUCUCAGGCAGAGGACUCAGCUAACGUUGUGCCUGCAUGGCGUGAGUUCAUUGGCCCUGCAGACAUAGAGGAAGCCAGGAGAGAAAAGCCAGAAAGCUUGCGGGCACAAUACGGCACAGAGACACUGUUCAACGCAGUGCACGGUAGCGAGGACAGAGACCAGGCCAGCAGGGAGCUCGCCUUCUUCUUCCCCAACUUUAGGACGGCCUCGGUAACGGAGCAGGAUGGGGAGGAAGAGCGUGUGGAGAGGACACUGGCUCUCGUCCGGCCCGACGUUGCCAGGGAGAACAGAGACGAGAUCUUGGCCCAAAUCCACAAGUCAGGGUUCUCAGUCGCCCUCCAAAGAGAGGUGAUAUUGACAGAGGAGCAGGUCAGACAGUUUUACUUCCAGCAUGUUGAUGAGGACUACUUUCCUGCUCUUCUCCACUGCAUGACCAGUGGGCCAGCAUUAGCUUUGGCUCUAGCCAGAACAGAUGCUGUCCAUCACUGGAAGAACAUCCUUGGUCCCUCUGACAUUAAUAAAGCUAAAGAGGAGAGUCCUGACUGUUUAAGGGCCCAGUUUGCUGUGGAGAAUGAGCCCAUCAACCAGCUUCACGGCAGUGCCAGCCGUGAAGAUGCAGAACGAGAGAUCAACUUCUUCUUCCCUAAACAACGAACACUGGCAGUGAUGAAACCCGAUGCAACGGAGGAACACAGAGAGAAGAUUUUGGAGGAGAUCCGUGGCAGAGGUUUCUCUGUAACACAGCUUAAGGAGACGGUGCUAUCAAGGGAGAUGGCUGAGGAGUUUUACAAAGAGCACAGGGAAAAGCCUUUCUUCAGCCAGCUGGUGGAAUUCAUGUGUCGGGGACCCUGUAUGAUGCUUGUCCUGACCAAGGAAAAUGCAGUGGAGGAGUGGAGGACCAUGAUGGGCCCCACAGACCCUGACAAGGCUAAGGAAACCUCCCCUCAGUCUCUGAGGGCCCGCUUUGCUGCAGACAUCCUCCACAACUCAGUUCACGGCUCGUCCGAUGAGCAGCACGCAGAGGAAAAGAUCAGUUUUAUCUUCGGUGAUAUCAGCACCGACGCAGAGCUCACCAACGACGGAGAGCCUGAUAAAACCAUUUCAGCAAAAGAGCAAGACAGUUCUGCAGAUGAACACACAGGAAUGUCAAGAGCUUCAACUGAAGAAAUUCAUCAGCAUGAAGAUGACCCAUGUAAUUCAAAUCCUUGCAGUCCACCAACAGGAGGAAGUGGCGAUCCAGAGCACUCAAACUGAAUCAACGUGCCAAGUAUUUCCUCUUGUAAUAUAAGCUUAAUGUGUGACAUCAUGGAAACAACACAACACCUGUCCAUUCUAUGAAUCACAAAAUAAACAGGACAAGAUGGUUGCACCUUU